CCCAUUCCCAUGAGCCUGCAGCUGUCCAGGGGUGGGCACCCUGUCUGUGCUAACCCCUGUGCCUGGCAGACGAGGUGGGUGGGUUCUGGAUGUAUGCCUAGUGACUUACCUCCUGGGACACUAGUAAAAAGUCACUACUUUGGGGACCGAUUUUUUUUUAAAAAAAAAGCGUUCAUGGAAAAACUGAACUAAUAAUGAUUAUAUACCAUGGACUGUGAACAAAUACAUAUUUUAUGAAAAGUUUGUUUUUUCAUGCUUUGUCUUGUUUUGAAGUUGCAUGCAUACAAAAGUAUGUUCCUAAAUAUUAAUAGCCAUUAGUUAAAGGAUUGUAUGGAGUUAAAGUGAAGGGGGCUUGCCUGAGUAUUUUAAACCUUUAAAAAGUCUGUCAUGCACUCCUUAAAGUAAUUGAAUUUGUAAUUCUACCUCAUAACUGAAUCUUACAGAGCAUAUUUGCUCCUAUAUUUGUGAUGGGUUUAAUAGUCGCUGUGAUAUCAACCAGACUGACUGCUAGAUUAUCCUUUGGAGGGGGGGGAUUAACUAACUUUGGCCUCAUUUUAAAAAUGAAAAGCAAUUGUACUAUUUAAAACUAAUCCCUGGAGAGUUUUAAUAUCUGAGAGACUAGGAGAACCUUUACUGUACUAGAGUCUCAUUCCUGCCCAGGUAAAUUAUGCACGAUAACAGCAUGAUCGGGUUAAGAUAUCAUUUUAACAAAGAGAUUACCCAGCUGACAGCCCACUUUUUUCAAAUAAGGAAUUUCAAGAUAUUGGGAAGAAUUUUAGUUGCUUCUUAGAGUUAAUUUUACUGGGAUCUCAUCUUUUAUGAUUUUUGUACCUACAUUCAUUCCACACUCAUGAAAUCCCUCUAGAGUUUCUAGUCUAGACCCUGAGUAUAGAGUGGCAAACAAUACAGACAUGAUCCUUGCCAUCAGAGAGCUCAGUCUGGUGGGGAGGAAAAAUAUCAGAUAAGUAACUAUACUACUGCAAUGUAGUAAGUGCUAUGAAAGGAAGAAUGGGCUCUGUGAGAGCAAGUAGUCAGGAAUUAUCCCAUUAGCUCCUCACCACAACAGGAUGCCCAUUUUACAGAUUCAGAGUGUAGGGCUUAAAGAGCGAAUUGCCCAGGAUCACACAACUAAUGAAUGGCAGAGCUAGGAUGCCAACACAGGUCUCCCUGGCUCUAGAACUUUCCAUGUGCCAGUCACAUCACCUGUGACUAUGUCUUUUUAUUUUUCAAUAAUAAUUAUCUUUUCUAAUUACAAAGAUAACACUUGUUCAGUAUAAAAACAAAUAAAAUAAAACUUAGAAAACAGAUAUCCACCCAAGUGUCACUGGCAUACCCAUAUUGGCAGCAACCUUAGGGAGCCUUAACAUGCCAGGGGGGUGGGAAUGACCGGAGGACCCUGUGUCCCUCACUCAUGCAAGCAUUUCAAGAAUUUAGAAAACCUCUGAAAUUUCAAGAAAAAAAAAAUUUUUUAAUUCUCAAGACUCAAAACUUACCAUGCCAAGGAAAUGUGAGCUGAAGGAUAUAGCUCCCUGGUACCAGCUGAUUGCCCAGAGAGUAACAGAGUAACCAAAUGCCGCCUCUUUUUUUGUUUCUCUUGGUUUUGAUUAAGAGGUGACCCACCACGAUUUUCACCCUUGCAAGUGUUCUGUGGUUUAAAAUGUAAGUGAUAUUACUACAAUGUGAGUUGCUUCUUAUGACCAUCACCAGGGCUCUCUUUACUUUGAUGAGCAGUCACCUGAGAUCAUUAAAUGCACCUGAGGCCUAGAGAUGACGUGCUGGGCGCAUAGCCAAAGGGAAAUCCCCGGCAUUAAGAGAAUGUAAAGGAAUUGCCAAGAAUCUCUGUUGUCUCCUGUCUCUGUUUCCGUAGUGCAGACAUCUGGGUUUUACAGCCCAUGUGAUCCCAUUUCCUCCAUGAGCGUUUCCCUAUAGCCAGGCACUAUUUUUUUUUUUUUUGACUAUCUAUUAUGUUCAAAACAGAGAGAUAAUAAAAUUUUCCUUUAUCUCUUCCUGAUUAGUUUGUACAAACUAACAGGAUAUUGAUUGCCUUCUAUAAUAUCCUUAUGUCACUGCAUACUUCCAACAACCCUUUAAGAGGGAUAUCAUGUUCAUUUUGUAGUUGAGGAAGCUGAGGCUCAGAGAGUAACAUGCCUGACACCACACAGCGAAUGGUAGAAUCAGAUUUGAAACCCAUGCCUUCUUCAUUCCAAGCCUAUGAAUUUACCAUCUGUUGCUCUGUGCCAGCUAGUCCUUUGCUGCAGUCAUAACUUGGACUAAUGUGUCCCUAAAAGCUCCAUGCUAAGUGACAAGAGCACUGAGUUGUGUACAGGAAGGCUUGAUUUCCAGUCCUGUCUCUGUCUCUCAUGAGCUUUAUAAGGGAUUAAUGGAUAUGAGGGUCCUCCUAGGGUUAGCGGAAGUUCUGAUACAGCUGUCAUCUGUCAAUGCUUGGUCACACCAACCAAGGGAUGCCCAUUUUUAAGGUAUUUGGUUGAAACUUUUGAGUGUUACUCUUUAUAUGAUUUAAACCAGUGGAGACCAUCUUCCUGCAGAACAUUGGUGCUCUUCAAGAUAGAUGGAGGUGUUUCCAACUGAAAUUAAAUAAUCAUCUCUACCUAACUGGCAGGUGGGGAAAAUGUUAAUGAGUACAAUUUUCACACUAUAAAAAUUUCCAUAAACCCUGGUGACUUAAUUUAGACUGGAUUUCAAUAUAAGAUGGUGGAUGAUUUAGGAUACAGUCAUGCCUUUGAUUACUUCAGGAUUAUGUAUCAUUAUUUUAUGAUCUUCUCCCAAAGAACACCUCCAUUUUCAGGGGCUCUGGACCCUGAAUGGAAACCCUCGUGGCGUAGUGGUUAAGAGCUACAGCUGCAAACCAAAAAGUUGGCAGUUCGAAUCCACCAGGUGCCCCUUAGAAACUCUGUGGGGCAGUUCUACUCUGUCGUAUAGGGUCGCUAUGAGUCAGAAUCGACUCAACGGCAAUGGGUUUGGUUUUUGGACCCUGAACAUGUUUGAGAAUGAUUUAGGAAAUAAUACUGGAGUCAUUAUUCCCUGUCCUUUUUUUUUUUGAGCAUAGAGAAUGUGACCCAGCUGGAGCUGGGCUCACAAGGACUCACGAGGACACAUCAACUGGGCCCUGAGGUAUAAACACAAUAGAUAGGAUAAUCUUGGAAAAUAUCUUUUAGGGAACCUUUCACCUAAGCCGCAACACAAAAGACCUUCCACUCUUAUCUUUUUCUAUUAACAUUUAGUGAAUAGAAAUUUGCUGGACCAAUGAGGACCCUCCUGACUGUUGUUACUGAAACCUGUACCAGUGAUUGUUAAAAAAGACAAUUCAAAAUAUGCGUCAUCAGCAAUUGGUUAUCUCCUGGCUUGCCCUGGUUUUUCUGGCAUCUCCCCUCAUGGCCAUAUGGGAACUGGAGAAAGACGUUUAUGUCGUAGAGUUGGACUGGUACCCUGAUGCCCCUGGAGAAGUGGUGGUGCUCACCUGCAACACUCUAGAAGAAGAUGGCAUCACCUGGACCUCCGACCAGAGCAGUGAGGUCUUAGGCUCUGGUAAAACCCUGACCAUCCAAGUCAAAGAGUUUGGAGAUGCUGGCCUAUACACCUGUCUAAAAGGAGACGAGGUUCUGAGCCAUUCACUCUUGCUGCUUCACAAAAAGGAAGAUGGGAUUUGGUCCACUGAUAUAUUAAAGGACCAGAAAGAACCCAAAAAUAAGACCUUUCUAAAAUGCGAGGCAAAGAAUUAUUCCGGACAUUUCACCUGCUGGUGGCUGACGGCAAUCAGUACUGAUUUGAAAUUCAGUGUCAAAAGCAGCAGAGGCUCCUCUGACCCCCAAGGGGUGACAUGUGGGGCAGCAACACUCUCUGAGGAGAAGGUCAAAGUGGACCACAGGGAGUAUAAAAAGUACACAGUGGAGUGUCAAGAGGACAGUGCCUGCCCAGCCGCUGAGGAGAGCCUGACGAUUGAGGUCGUGGUGGAAGCUGUUCACAAGCUCAAGUACGAAAACUACACCAGCAGCUUCUUCAUCAGAGACAUCAUCAAACCCGACCCACCCAAGAACCUGCAGCUGAAGCCAUUAGCGAAUUCUCGUCAUGUGGAGGUCAGCUGGGAGUACCCUGACACUUGGAGCACCCCACAUUCCUACUUUUCCCUGACAUUCUGCAUCCAGGUUCAGGGCAAGAACAAGAAAGGAAAGAAAGAGAGACCCUGCAUGGACAAGACCUCGGCCAAGGUUAUCUGCCACAAAGACUCCGAGAUCUGGGUGCAAGCUCGAGACCGCUACUAUAGCUCCUUCUGGAGCGAAUGGGCAUCCGUGUCCUGCAGUUAGGUUUCAAUUCCAGGAGGAAUCUCAGAGGAAAAGUGGAAGCUCUCAGGCAGAAUUUUUUAAAAGAUAUGAUGGAAUAGACAAAAAAAAAAAAAAACCUUGUUUAUCUGAUUUGCUUUUGUUGAGGUUUAUAAUGCUGUCUGCUAUAUUUUUUAUAUCUAAAUACUAAGUGCCCACUGAAACAAUCAGCUAAUUUAUUUAUAGAUUUACCAGCUCUCAGGUUGCCACUAACCUUCAUGCUAUUUUUAAAUAUUUAAGUAAUUUAUGUAUUUAUUAAUUUAUUGCUGUUAUUUAACAUUUGUGUGCCAAGAUGCAUUGUAUGUUUCUCAGGACCCGAUCCAGGAGGCACAGGCCCUCCUAUGCAGAAUGUGUGAGUUGAAGUGUUAUUGAUACUGACAACUUUUCAAGUGAGGCUGCGAACGCAUCGGUUUUAUGACAUUCAGUGAGAACACGAUGUUCUGAUGUGAGCACGGGCAUAUCUUUGUGAUGGAUGGGAACAUAAGAGAUAUUGAAAUACAGACAUCAAAACACGAACCUGUCUGAGGGGGGCCUGGAGAAGGAUAUGUUCAUUCCUGUAUCCAUGAAGACCUCCCUCCCUCUUCAAGUGAUACAGAUAAAACAACCGAGGGCCACUUGCACUUCUGAGCAAGUUUAUUCUUUGGGCGCCUGAAUUUAGAAAAGAACUGAAAUUGAAAUCAAGCUUCAGCCUCCCUGGUGGUCCCCGCCCUCACCUAUCUGUAAGGCAUAGGAAGGUGACACAAAGACACCUGAGAGAGUCAAAAGAGCUUAUAAUUCAAGAGCGAGAACAGGUAUACUUGUGGCUAAGGACAUAAAGUUGUCAGAAUUGCAGGUUGCUUCUUAAGGGCCACGGGCAAAAGUCGACAGAGAUGUUCAGAAAACGAUCGAGAACCGCUUACUCGUCAGCCCAAGGGAACCUGAUGUGCGGAUAUGACCAGACAGGACCAGCCACGGAGGUGCUACUUUAAAGUCAGAAUGUGCUUUCUGUAAAGCGAUUGCAUGUGGUUUCUAUUUAUUUAUUUUGACAUUUCCGAGGCUGAACUAAUAAAAUAUAACUCUUCUUUGCAAUAUCAUUGUGGGCUUUCUCAGCUGACUCUAGGAU